GCAUGCGCGUCCGUGUCUCCUGGUCGGCCAUUUUGACUUGAGAAAAUAAUGUCAAAAUCUUUUUCUGCUCUCAGUUUAAAGCUCUGAAGGGGCCAGAGCUGGAGCAGGGCUGCCGAAGGAGGAAGGAUAUUAGGGGUCUCUGGAUGCAGGAUGAUGCAUCGCCAUCCAAAUAUCACAGUUCCCGUCUGACAGCCUACAGAACGCAGCUCUCACAGAGAUUGCUGUUUGUUUGAUGUUUCAAAGUAUUGCUGGUGCUUGUGUUGUAAUGUGAGGCAGCCUUGUGGAUGGAUGGGAUACUUGACCACUGACCACUCGAUUUAGUAAACCAGUGUGUGUAAACUGGUCUGUGCAUCCCAAAGGAAACACACCAUUUGACUGAAGGCACUCUCUCUCUCUCUCUCUCUCUCUCUCUCAGGCACUCUCUCUCUUUCUCUCUCUCUCUCUACUGUAAGCUGCAGUCAUGUUCUGGAAGUUCGACCUGCACAACUCCUCUCAGAUUGAGAAGCUCUUGGAGAACGAUGAUGUGACCCUACAGGAGCUGCUGGAUGAAGAAGAUGUGCUGCAGGAGUGCAAGGCCCAGAACCAGCGCCUCCUCCUCUUCCUCUCCCGGGACAGCAGCAUGCUGGAUCUCCUCAACCUCAUCACGCACGAGCCCCCUGCUGACCGGGAGGAGAGACUGCGCUACAAGUAUGCUAAUGUAGCAUGUGAGUUGUUGACAUGCGACGUGUCCCUCAUCAAUGAUAAAGUUGGUGGGGAUGAGUCUCUGCUGAACACACUCUAUAGUUUCCUAGAGCAGAAGUCCCCACUGAAUCCUCUACUGGCCUCCUUCUUCAGUAAGACCUUCGGCAACCUCAUCACACGCAAAACUGAGCAGGUGAUCGGUUUCCUAAAGAAGAAGGAGGAUUUUAUUGGGCAGGUGUUGAAACACUUGGACACGUCGGCUAUGAUGGAUCUGGUGCUGCGUCUCAUUAGCAGCGUGGAGCCCGUCUGUCUCAGACAGGAAGUGCUUACUUGGCUGAAUGAAGAGAGGCUGAUCCAGAGACUCAUUGAGCUGAUUCACCCUCACAGUGACAGUGAGAGGCAGUCAAAUGCAUCUCAGACACUGUGUGACAUCAUCCGUCUGGGCAGAGAUCAGGCCAGUGUGCUGCAGGAGACGUCAGAGACUGACCCUCUGCUCACUACACUAGAGCUACAGCAGAGCAUUGAGGACCUAUUGAAGAACAUGUUUGAAGGGGAAAAGAGUGAAGUGUGCAUUGUCAAUGGAACGCAAGUUUUACUCACACUGUUGGAAACUUGUAGACCAUGUGUGGAGCAGGUGAUUGACCCAUGCUCUCAGGGAUUGGAAAAGUCUUACACUGUAAACAACAGCAUCUUAAUGGGCAUCCAGACACAUCUAAAGCACUUUCACCACCUUCUGUUAAACCCACCCAAGAAAUGUGUGAUGCUGACCACGAUGGGUAUUCUGGAGGAGCCGUUUGGCAGCGCACGACUGCAUGGAUCCAGACUGAUGGCAGCUCUCUUGUACACCAGAGCUCCCAGAAUCCACCACGAACUCUGCCAACUGAACAUGAUCAACCUGCUGCUGGAUUUGUUUUUUAAAUUUUCUUGGAAUAACUUCCUACACAUCCAAGUGGAGCAUUGUGUGUCUGCCAUCCUUAACCAGCCGACAACGAAUGGGAAAACACACGACAGUCCAGAUCAGAUUCAGCUGGAAACACAAGACACACAAAACUCUGACAAAUCUGACAUGUUCACACACUGUGACCUGAUAAAGCAUCUACUGAAGGACUGCAGGCUGGUUCAGAGGAUUUUGGAUGCUUGGGAGGAAAAUGACAAAACACAAGAAGCUGGAGGCAUGAGAAAAGGCUAUAUGGGUCAUCUAACCAGGAUUGCCAAUACAGUGGUGCAGAAUGCAGAGAAAGAACAGGAACAGACCCAAAUCUCACAGCUAAUAAAAGAGCUACCAGAGGACUAUAAAGCACGCUGGGAGCAGUUUGUGAAUGAAACGCUAACAGAGACUAACAAGAAAAACACAGCCGACCUGGUGUUCUCAGAUUAUCAGAUCCAGGAGAUGUCCGCUAACUUUGUUGAUCAGUUUGGACUGACUGAUGAUGAAUUCGGGGAGCAUGACGGCAGCAUCAGUGCCACGUUCGAUCGAAUCACGGAGAUCAACUUUAACCUCGUUGAUAAGAGGGUGAGCUCUGCCAUCUUUGAGACUCACACGAAGGAGCGAAUCCGACCGUUUGAUGAUGCUGAAGAGGAGGAAGAUAUUUGGGAGGAUAAAGAAAUCAACUAUGCAACACAAGUGAAGGCCAGAAGCAGAUUUGGAUUGGUGACAAACGCUCAGAAGAAUGAGGCGGAUAGUGGCUCUCAGAGAUGUCUGGGGUCACCUGACAUGGAGUGGUUUCCGGAGACCAAACAAACUCCAGAAAAGACCAAGAACCAGGACACGGACAAGCAGUCCAGUGAUCCGCAGAGUCCUGGAUGGAUAGCGAGUUUUGAAGACGACUUCAGCUGUCGGGAUUUCACGAGUAUCGCCAUGGAUACAGGCUCCAGCGUGUGGGGGAGCUCUGUCGCCCAGCUCAGUGAGACGGAGGAGAAGGGAUGGGCGACUUUCACGGACUUCCAGCCCUUCUGCUGUUCAGAUGCAGGACCCAGAUGCAGUUCACCCGUGAGCUCGGAAAAUCCAAACAAACAGAGCCAAAAUGAAGAAGUUAAAGGCUCAUCGACGUGUGUGUGGAGUGUGUGUGGGGCAAGGAAGGCCCCGCUGGUGGCGUCCGACAGCAGCUCUAGCGGGUCAGACAGUGAGGAAGAGGAGGACAAAACCAACAUCAUCACAGAGAGCGUCGCCACGGCCAAUGCCAAGGAAAGCGUUAAACUCGGUGUAGAUGAAAAAAAUGAGAAAGCAUUCUUCAUCAGUGACACUAAUGCCAGAGGAACAGGUGGCAAGCUGACAGGAACCAUCACUGGUACUCCGUCGCCCAAGGAGCAGAAGGGCGACUCCAGUACUAACGGCCCAGUGUAAGAGCGUUUCACUCACCACUCGCCUCCAUCCCCAUGACACUUGUUACUCCACACAGGAAAUGUUAAAAGCCGUGGCUUCCCUGUUUUCAAACAUGUUUCCUCUCCCUCUGGUAUUCACUGUUUCUAUCCAUCUGCUGUGUAGUUACGCAGGUUUUUUUGGUUUGAGCAUGAGCGGUACUCUAGAUGACCUCUUUCUUUCCUAAUGAAGACAUCUUCACUGUUAGGAACACUGACCUUUGAACCCUGUGAGAUCGGCCCCACUACAGUCUGUGUGUGUGUUUUUUGAGCGUUGUGGAACUAAAAUAUAAUGCACAUCCACGGAUUAAUUUUCAUGUAUGCGUAAAUAUGCUCAGUACAUCGACAGGCGUGAUUUAUAGUGUUCUUUUUGAGUAUUUUCCAGAGAUCAAGUCUGUGUGUGAGAGCGAGUGUGUGUGUGUGUGUGUGUGUGUGUGUGUGUGUGUGUUCUGUCCUGAUCUAUAUCUCUGUUUUCUGUAGCACUUUGGCCCAGUACUGAUUUGAUUUCAGUGCUGAUUUGUUUGCACUUUUGUUUCCACAGCAUUUAUGUUUUCAGCUCCACCCACCAUCCACACAAACACACAUUUAUGAGCAAAACUAAUUGGGAGCAGGUGGCAAUAAUUUUGUUUUGUUGAAGGCUGUUUUUAUAUGAAAGUAUGGAAGCUUGUUUCCACUCCAGGAUACAGAAAAAUAAAGGUAAUUGCAAAUUUCUAUCUCACUAUUCUGACUUUUUUUCCUCAGAAUAAAAAAAAAGUAGUCAGAAAUGUGAGAUAAAAAUUUUCAAUAAAAUUGUUAGAUGUAAAAAAUGUCAAGUUUAUAAUUGUGUAGUGUAAACUUUCAGUUCUGAGGAAAAAUGUCAGAAAUGUGUGAAAAAGGUAACCUUAAUUAUUAUUAUUAUUUUUUUUUUGGCUGAUUCUACAAGCUUCAUAUAAAAGGAAUAGCUCAACCAGAAGUAAAAAUAAACUCAGUCGUGUUAUCCCAUGACUUUCUUCUGAAGAACACAAAAGAUAUUUCAAAUAAUGUCAGUGCAUGCUAAUUUUAUACUGUCAAAUUCCUAUAAGGACCAAAAAGAACCAUCAAAUUUGGCAUUAUGACAAAAAAUUGACUGAAAUAUUGUGGAACAAUUGGUCAAAAAAUUUCCUCCAGCAUAUUUUAAAAAUCUAAUUUGCAUUUAUUCAGACUUGCUCCAUCCCAAUUGGUCAAAAGAAACAUUGACAUAAUUUGCUUAAAACCUGGUGUGCUGGUAUCAGAAGACUUGAAAUAUAGUGCACAAGACGUAUGCACGUCGUUAUGUCUUGUUUAUGUUCCAGGAAUGAAAAAGUCUUACAAGAUUUGAACGACAUGAUGAGGGUGAGUAAAUCAAUGAGCAGUGACUAUUCCUUCGAACAUGUUUGUGUAAGGCCGUUUGAAUAUUGUGUAUGUGGUUGGUAUCAGAACGAACUCAGGUGAAUCUGUUGUGUAUCAGAUCGAGUCUGUGUGCAAAAGUAGAUCGGGUGCGUUUGCCUUGAAAUAGUAGAGUGUUAAACAUGUGCACACAUCUUUAAUAACAUCUUCCUAUAUCACAGUCACGUCUUAGUAAUAAUUGUAGAUGUGUGUUCUCUACAAUAUGUACACUUUAUUUAAAUAUUUUGAAUUACUAGCGAAACACUAGAAAGCUGCUGUGUGCAUUUCAAUCUAGAGAGAUAGCAAUAAUGGUAUGAAUAAUUUCUUUGGUUUUCAUUUUUUUAAGUAAUGUAGCUUUGACAUAGGCACACACACUGUUUGUGAAAGGGACUGUGUGAAUGUUGAAGAAGCUCUGUGUUUUCAGUUUGCUUUUGCACUUUUAAAAACUUGAUUUUGAUACCAAAUGCAAUGGGAUGUUAGUGGCGUUACGACGAUGAAAACUAAAACCCUCGGGUCUGUGUGAAUUUGAGUUUACAAGCUGUUUGUUGUGUUGCAGAUGUUUGCAUGUGCAAGUGUGUUUGUGUUAUAAGAGCGAGACCCAAAAGAAAUGUCGGCCGAUCGGUAACUUACCAGGCUCUGCGCUUGAAUGUUAGUCUUAUGUUUAUUUUUAUUUUCUUAUUACCAUUUUAUUUUUUUGCCAAAUAUUUUCUUUUAGUAUGUUCCUCAAGUGAUAGAGCAUUGUGUUAUCAACGCAAAAGGUUGUGGGUUUGAUUCCCAGGGAGCUCGUUAGGUAAAAAAUGUUAGCCUGAAUGCACUGUAAGUCGCUUUGGAUAAAAGCGUCUGCUAAAUGCAUAAAUUUAAUUUAAUAUUCUGUCUUUCUCCCAUUAUGGAUAACCGGGUUCUGUUCUCUCCUCAAUAAUUAAUUCUCAAAUCGUUACUUCAUUCAUCGAUGUGGUUCGAUUGAAUUCAGCACCUCUAUACUGCCUCUUGGCUGUGGAAUAGCAGUGAGUGAUAAAGGUAUGACACUAAUCCCCCUUUAUCUUGUCUUCCGCAUACACUUGCGCUCUUUAUUAACCACUUUUCUGAGUGUCAUCUGGUCCAAACACUUGUCAUUUGUUUAUACAUUUGCACGACAUGAACACGAUGGGAAUUAAAUUUUGUGAUGUAAGAAUUAUGCUAAUGUAAUACUACAUUUGGUAAUUCUAAUUGACACAUUCUUUCAAUCAGAGUUUCACAUCUUUUUCUUCUUCCUACAUACCACAUCAAAUUUUGAUAGCUAAAUAAAUAAGUACAGGUAAAUGAAUAAACGGAUGCAUCAGAACCUGCAAUGUGCAAUUCAUGUUUCUUUUCUUUUUAGCUCUUGUAUGUGUUCAUGUAACCAAAAACACAAAUGCAUACUGUAGAUUAUGAACUGGUACUGAUAUUUUGUGGUAUGAACUGCCUUGAGCAUCUGUCCAUGGUGUGAAACUUGAACACUGGUCUUUUGUCAUUUAGUCAAAUGCCUUUUUAAUGUAAACUGAUGCUGGUGGUUUUUUCUUUCAACCAUUUUUUUUUUAGUUUUUUUUUUAUAAUGCGAUACUGUGCUACAUGUCAUCUGUUGUCUGAGUAAGGCUUUAAAAUCAGAUAUCAAACAAAUAAAUAUUUAAAAUGGG